AUGCCAACUAGAUAUACACGGACGACGCAGCAGCAGACAUGGGAUUCGGAAGAGAUGGAAAAAGCUAUUAGAGCUGUACGAAAUGGGGAAAUGGGCUUUCUUAAAGCUAGCACAGUCUUCGGUGUUCCCCGAUCAACGCUUAAACGGCGUGUACAAGGCAAAAACAAACAUGCUGUUGAAAAUGUUAAAAUACUGAGGUCACGACGUCCAAUUUUUAGUCCGGUACAAGAGGCACAAUUAGUACAACACAUUUUGGAACUUGAGAAUCGUUUCUACGGAUUAACAUUGCGGGAUGUAAGGAAAUUAGCCUUUCAACUAGCUGAACGCAACAAUAUAAAACACAACUUCAAUAAAGACACUCAAAUGGCUGGAAAAGCAUGGGCUUCUGAUUUUAGAAAGCGUCAUCCAGAACUGACACUGAGAAGCCCAGAAGCAACUUCUCUUGCCCGAGCACAAGGUUUCAACAAAGUAAGUGUCACGAAAUAUUUUGACCUUCUAGAAGAAGUAAGGUCUAAAACAAACUAUCCACCUCAUCGCAUUUUCAAUGUGGAUGAGUCUGGUUUCACCACUGUGCAGAGCAAGAGUUCUAAGGUACUUGCGAAAAAGGGAAAGAAGCAGGUGGGUGUCAUCACCUCUGCAAAACGAGGUGUAUUAAGCACCGUUGUAAUUUGCAUGGCCGCUGGCGGUAACUUCAUUCCACCUUUUAUUAUCUUUCCCCGGAAGAGAAUGAAGGUUGAACUUCAAGAUGGGGCACCGCCAGGAACUGGUUUUGCGUGUCAUUCGUCAGGGUGGAUGCAGUUGGACAUUUUUACGGCAUGGUUUAAGCAUUUUCUUAAAUUUGCCAAGCCAACUGAAGAUGAUCCAGCACUGCUAAUUUUGGAUGGACACAAUUCACAUACCAAGAAUUUGGAUUUCAUUGAUAUGGCACGAAGAAAUCACACGACCGUCUUGUGUCUGCCUCCACACUGCAGACAUAGACUGCAACCUUUGGACGUGUCUUUUAUGGGUCCUUUGAAUAAGUAUUACAUCCGUGCAGUUGAGAAGUAUCUUCGCAAUAACCCAGGAAGAGCCUUGACUGUGUUCCAAUUCAGCAAACUUUUUGGCGAAGCAUACAGCGAGGCAGCACAAUAA